AUGCCCGCCAGGGGGCGCCCAAGUCUUCUAGGUAGACUUCGCGCCGGGACGCUAACCUGUCUGCCGCAGAUCUGCCCGGCAACAGGUGACGAAAGAGCCCAGUCCUGGAGCGGUGGCUCUUAUGGUCAGCGCGCUGUUGGGGCGCAGCCAGCUCGGGGCUUUCCUGCAGCUCCGCCCCGGCCGCGCCCACUCCCUGUGCCACUCCGCGGUCCUGGCGCGAGCGAGCUCGGCCACAGACGCCGACCAGAAGCAGAAUUCAGUGUCGCGGGGACACCGGGGUGCCCGGGUCAGUACGAGACCAGCGACAGAGCCUGCUCUCCAAUGGCCAGCUCUCCAGUGGCCAGCGCAGGGUCCCCGGCUCCCUGUAGGUGCCUCAGGGGACUUGCGGGGACUUGCGGCGCGUGGCUGGGGGCGACGCUGCUGCUUCUCGCGGACUGGCUAUGGCUGCAGUGCGCGCUGCCCAGCCUAGCCUUCCUCCAGGUGCCCACUUCGCUGCCACUGCUCCGGGUGUGGAUGUUGGGACUCGGCCGCUGGACCGUGCUGUGGCUGGUGGCGCGUGGGGUCCUCAGGGUCUUCAAGAGCGAAAGUGCACGAGGCCGGAGUUGGCUGGCUACUUUGGAGCCCCUGGCGGCCGCGCUGGGUUUGGCUCUGCCAGGACUUGCCUUGUUUCGGAAGCUGAGCUCCUGGGGCGACCCCAGGGACAUUGAAAGCACUAGACUACUGUAUUGGGCAAGUCGUCCUGACGCCUUCGUCCUCAGCUACAUAGUGGCCCUGCCCGCAGCCUUCCUGUGGCACAAAGUCGAGGGCCUGUGGGUGCCCAGCGACCAGGGGAGCUCUGGCAACGCAAUCAGACAACUGCUACGCUGCAUCGGCCCGGCGCUAUACCGCUCCCCCCUUGUUCUACUCUUCUUGAUCUUCUCCUGUAUUGGCGAGAUGGCCAUUCCAUUCAUUACCGGCCGCCUUGCUGACUGGAUUCUGCAAGAUGGCGAAGCCACAGCCUCAGCCUUCACCCAAAACAUAACUUUCAUGUCUGUUCUCACCAUAGCCAGUGCAGUUCUGGAGUUCGUGGGUGACGGGAUCUAUAACAGUACCAUGGGCCACAUGCACAGCCGCCUGCAGGGAGACGUGUUUCAGGCUGUCCUUCGCCAAGAGACAGAGUUUUUCCAACAGAACAAAACAGGUGCCAUCACAUCCCGAGUCACGGAGGACACAACCACCUUGAGUGAGUCGCUGAGUAAGGAACUGAACCUGUUGAUGUGGUACCUGGUACGAGGGUUGUGCCUCUUGGGGCUCAUGCUCUGGGGCUCAGUGUCCCUCACCAUGGUCACCUUGGUUGCCCUGCCUCUGCUUUCCGUUCUGCCUAAGGAGCUGGGAAAAUGGUACAAGUUGCUGGCAGUACGUGUGCAGAAUUAUCUGGCAGAAUCUAGCCAGGUGGCCAUUGAGGCUCUGUCAGCUAUGCCUACAGUCCGGAGCUUUGCCAACGAAGAAGGUGAGAACCGGAGGUUUAAACAAAAGCUGCAGGAAAUAAAGACAGUCAGCCAGCAAGAGGCACUGGCCUAUGCAGUCAACGCGUGGACCACCAAUAUAUCAGGGAUGUUGCUGAAAGUGGCAAUCCUGUACAUGGGUGGGCGGCUGGUGACAAGCAGUACUUUGAGCAGUGGGACCCUAGUUGCAUUUGUUCUCUACCAGAUCCAGUUCACCACAGCUGUUGAGGUUCUGCUCUCUCACUACCCCACUGUACAGAAGGCUGUGGGCUCCUCAGAGAAAAUAUUUGAAUACCUAGACCGGAUCCCUUGCUGCCCAGCCAGUGGCCAUUUGUCUUCCUUAAACUUGGAAGGUCAUGUCCAGUUUCAAGAUGUACACUUUGCCUACCCAACUCAGCCAGAUAUUCCAGUGUUAAAGGGGCUGACAUUCACCCUUCGUCCUGGCGAGGUGACUGCACUCGUGGGGCCCAAUGGCUCUGGGAAAAGCACAGUGGCUGCUCUGCUGCAGAACCUGUACCAGCCCGCAAAGGGUCACCUGCUGCUGGGGGGCGAGCCCCUUUCCCAAUAUGAGCACCGCUACCUGCACAGACAGGUGGUUGCAGUGGGACAAGAGCCACAGCUAUUUGGAAGAAGCAUCCGAGAAAAUAUUGCCUAUGGCCUGACUCAGGAGCCAAAUAUGGAGGAAAUCAUAGCUGCCGCAAAUGAGUCUGGAGCUCAUAGUUUCAUCUCUGAGCUUUCUCAGGGCUAUGACACAGAGGUAGGUGAGUCUGGGGGUCAAUUAUCAGGGGGUCAGCGACAGGCCAUAGCCUUGGCCCGAGCACUGAUCCGGAAUCCACAUGUACUUAUCCUGGAUGAUGCCACCAGUGCCCUGGAUGCAGAAAAUCAGUCACGAGUGGAGAAUCUCCUCUACAAAAGCCUCCAUCGGUAUUCUCGUUCAGUGCUUCUCAUCACUCAGCGUCUAAGUUUGGUGGAGCAAGCUCACCAAAUCCUCUUUCUGGAAGAGGGCAUCAUCCGUGAGGCAGGAACCCAUGAACAGCUCAUGGAGAAGAGAGGACGCUACUGGACCAUGGUACAGGCUCCUGGGGGGCCAGGGGCUCCUAAUUGA